AUGGACGGGAAUCGGCGAUUCGCGCGAGCGCACGGUAUGCCAAUUGGGCAAGGUCAUGAACUCGGGGCGGCAGCCUUGAAAAACGUCCUGGAAGCCUGCUGUGUCGCCGGGAUCAAGGUAAUCACGCUAUAUGCGUUCAGCAUCGAAAACUUCCAGCGGCCGAGAGAGCAAGUCGAGACGAUCAUGGCUCUAUUCCGAGAGCAAAUCGCCAUAUAUUCUGCUCCCGGCGGAUUGGUGGAGCAGUUCGCCCUUUCGAUUCGGGUGUUGGGCCGCUUAGAGAUGUUGGACGAACAGACUCGGGAUGCAAUCGAGAAGGCGGUUGAGGCGACUCGGAAAGGGAAAGUCAUAUUGAACUUAUGUGUGGCGUACACGUCGCGCGACGAGAUGACAAGAGCCAUGCGACGGUGCGUGGAGGAGUAUCCUCAAACAGUCAUCACGGCGCAAUCGCUCUCGGACAAGAUGGACACGGCAGAUAAUCCGCCUGUGGAUCUCGUGGUCCGAUCGUCGGGGGUGUAUCGACUGAGCGACUUUCUGCUCUGGCAGUGCCACGAGGAUACUCAGAUUCAGAUCGUGGAUGCGACAUGGCCGGAGUUUGGGGCCUGGGAGCCGUUUAUGGUGUUGCUGAGAUGGCAGAGAAUGAAAAGAAUGAAAGGGAUCACCAGAAGGAGCAGCGAUUUAGCUACAGCUAGUUCGCAGGUUAUGGCCAGCUCCUCUGUCUCAUUUCCGCCAGGCGUUUGUGCCUUGCCGCUUCUCUUUUCCUUUCUGAGUGCCCUGUCUUGCUAUUAUUUGCUGGUGACUGUAUGA